AGUGGGCAAGCAAAGGUUUAGUGUGAGCCACGACUUCGCAGCUCACACAAAGCGAAGAAGAUGGAAACGGCUGUCACCUUAAUUUUUCUCCUCUCAGGCAUCAUCGGGGCAUUAAGUGAGUCGUGCGAGGGCGAAUGCGGGCAAUCGUUGAGCUCCUGCUCGUGCCACCCGACGUGUGCGUCUUUAAAGAGCUGCUGUCCUGACUACAAGGAAUUCUGCGUGGAAUUUUCUCCACAAUCGGGAUCCAUUUUGGGCGGGACCGAUUUCCUCCUGCUCCAUGUGACUUUUAACCAAAGUUCUCAAAUUGUGUGCAGGUUCAAUAAUGACAUCAGGACGGAGGGUUACGUGGACGACAGUGACCGAGGACACUGCAUCUCGCCCCUGCUCUAUCAAACCGGCUGGGUUUCUGUUGAAAUCUCCUCCAACUACGGCAUCACAUUCAACAGAGUGGGCUCCUGGCUCGCAGUGCAUACUGGCAAGUUGGACUCCAAAUUCAAGGCGGUUUUGGUGAACUCCACCAAGUGGCAGUAUUAUGGCACACCUCAAGUGGGCGGCCCUCUGCAGAUGACCUGGAACACGUCCCUGGUCCGAGCCCCGAGGAUCAACAUCGAGCUGUGGGGCUACAGGGAGACGGGAAGGCCUUAUUCGGACCAGUGGCGUGCCCAGUGGCGGUAUCUUUACUCUCUUGCUACGAAUAGUGCGAACAACGGCAGCUUCACUUUUGUGCCUCAACCGUCUCCCGAGUUCUCAAGCUGGGAACUCGGAGCACUCCGGGUCAGCUCCAAUGAACACCCGAACGGCCUGAUGAAUGUGGAAGCGGCGUGGACAGAGGAUCACGCCCUGGCCUGGCACCUGGACCAGAAGUUCCGUGAGAACUCUCAGGCCUGGGCGCUGGACAAAUGUUUAGCGUGGGACCGGCUGGAAAACGACCUGCCCAACUUUCUCAGCGAAAUUAUCGACUGUCCCUGCACCCUGGCGCAGGCCCGAGCUGACACAGGCAGAUUCCACACGGAUUACGGCUGCGAUAUGGAGAAAGGCAGCGUGUGCACGUACCACCCAGGUAGCAUUCACUGUGUGAGGGCCAUACAAGCCAGUCCCAGGUACGGGGCAGGUCAGCAGUGUUGCUACGACAGCAGCGGCGCUCAGGUCCUGACGGCCGACUCUAUCGGAGGGAGCACCCCAGACCGUGCCCACGACUGGGGCUCACCCCCGUACCGCGACCCCCCCAGAGUCCCCGGCCUAUCCCAUUGGGUGUACGAUGUACUCAGCUUCUACUACUGCUGCCUUUGGUCAGACAACUGCCACUACUACUUCAAACACAGACCCUCAAGCGACUGCAGGAGAUAUCAGCCUCCCGCUUCAGCUGUCGUGUUUGGCGAUCCACAUUUCAUAACGUUUGAUGGCAUCCGCUACUCUUUCAAUGGCAAAGGCGAAUACAAUUUGUUGAUCGCUCCCGGGAAGGAUCUGACAAUCCAAGGCAGAACCGAGCAGGUCAACGGAAGUGCAACGAAGCUGUCUUCGGUGGUCAUGAAAGAGGCCUACUCAGACAUCAUUGAGGUGCGUCUGUUCGCCGGUGCUGACAACCUGCAAGUGCUCCAAAAUGAAAAGCAACUUCUGUUCAAUGAGCAAACCUGGAUGGACCUGAGCGGUGUGUUUGUGUUUUCACCUUCCGGCACAAACGUGACGGUGAUGUUCCCCAGCGGCGCAGGCGUGGAGGUGCGUCUCCGCAGCAAUGCCAUUACAGCAACGGUGCUCCUCCCGGAAGAAUUCUACAACUCCACACAGGGCUUGUUGGGCAACAUGAAUGGCGUGCCUGGCGAUGACCUGCUUGCCCCCCACGGCACAGUGGCGGUCAAUGGCAGUAACGCCGAGGAGGUUUUCAGCUUUGGGGCCAGCUGGGCUGUUUCCAACACAUCCGCUUUGUUCACGUACGAUUCAAAAUACCUUUUGGACACGUUUUACAAUUCUUCAAGACACGACCCCGAUUUUAUUCCAGAGUUUUCAAUCCCGGAGAUCCCUGAUGACCCGUUCUAUAAUAUCACUUCAGACAUUUGCUCUGGAGAUGACUCUCAUUUCUGCAGGUAUGAUAUUUUGGUAGGUCGUAGUCCAGAGCUGGGAAAGGCCACCAAAGUCUCGUUCCGCAGUCACAUGUCUCUAGUGGAGGACUUGAAGCCUGUGAUUUCCUGCGGUUGGCUGGCACCGCCAAUCGACGGCAAGAAGGAGGGCACCACCUACCUACAGGGGGCCACGGUACGCCUGCUUUGUGACGAGGGCUUCGUGCUGCAAGGAUCGGCCGAGCGCACCUGCCAAGCAGAUGGCACCUGGUCAGGAGGCGACACAUUGUGUGUCGUUCACAGUUCCGAUAACAACACGGCCAUUAUCGCUGGUUCCGUGGUCGGCGCUCUACUGGGGAUUGCGCUAAUAACAAUAGGCCUCGUGUUCUGGGCCAAAAAACGUGACAGGUUGAGGAGAUCUUCAGCAAGAUUAGUGUAAAUCUUUAACAGAGUCCAGUUCACAGUGGAGUUGACCCAUCUGUAUGGAAACUCAGGCAGUAAUACACUCUUUGUCUUCACUAGUAUGACAAUUCAGUGUUACUAGAUACAUUCUAGUACAACGAAUGUAUAAGAUUAAUAAAAUUUUUCACAACCAGUGCUGCAUUUAGUCAGCUGAAUAUUG